AUGACCAAGAGCAGCAGCAACUCUGGCUCAUACUCUUACACCGGUUCUGGCACCAACGACCAGGGCAAUCAUUACUGCUCCCGCGACUACGGUAAUGGAUCCAACUCUUAUCAUUACUCUAACACCGAUGGAAGCUACUAUUAUUCCAACCCCAACGGGUCCACUUAUUACAACACUGGCGACGGCCACUCCAACUACACCUCUCCCAGUGGCCAGAGCUACAGCUCCAGCGGUGGAAAGAAGUAG